UAAAAGGUUAGGUGUGUAAACUGACGUACACGUCAGUGUCCGGCUGCCUGAGUGCGCCUGCGCCGUCAACUUCAUUCGAGGAAGUGGAUAGGAGAGGCAACUCGAGCGACAGAGAAGAGAUUGUUGUUUAUUCCCCGCUCAGAGAGGAUAAAACAGCCCCGCAACUUUUUCAAAAUGUCGGAAUUUGAUAGUAACCCGUUCGCAGAGCCUGCCAGCGACAACCCUUUCAAUGAUCCUUCUGUCACACAAAUGACCAACUCCAGCGUAGAACCAGUUGACCAGUACAACCCUUUUCCUGCCCAGACCACAGGUGGCCUAGCGACUCAUACAGCUCCAGCCUCCACCUCACCCUACCAGCCCGCUGUGUUACAGCCUUCUACAGAGCCCAGCCCACAGGCGACUGCUGCUGCAGCUCAGGCCAACCUGCUGAGGCAGCAGGAGGAGCUGGAGAGAAAAGCUGCUGAGCUGGACCGCAGAGAGCAGGAGCUGCAGAGCAGAGGCCCGACAGGUAAAGAGAACAACUGGCCUCCACUUCCCAGAAGCUUCCCCAUCAAACCCUGUUUCUAUCAGGACUUCUCAGAGGAAAUCCCCCUAGAGUAUCAGAGAGUCUGCAAGAUGAUGUAUUAUCUCUGGAUGUUCAACUGUGUGACUCUGUUCCUCAAUCUGCUGGCUUGUCUGGCGUACUUCACCAUCGGCACGAACUAUGGUGUGGAUUUUGGCCUCUCUAUUCUCUGGCUCGUCCUGUUCGCUCCCUGCUCCUUCCUCUGCUGGUACCGGCCCGUCUACAAGGCCUUCAAGACUGACAGCUCCUUCAGCUUCUUCUUCUUCUUCUUCGUGUUUUUCUGCCAAGUGGUGAUCUUCAUCAUCCAGUCUGUAGGCAUCCCCGGCUGGGGGAACAGUGGCUGGAUCAGUGCCUUCAGCGUCAUCAGGGAAUAUAAGGCAGUGGGAGCCAUCAUGAUCAUAGUGGCCAUCCUCUUCACCAUGUGCGCCGUGCUGUCUGUCAUCCUGCUCAAGAUGGUCCACAGCAUGUACCGCCGGACAGGAGCCAGUUUCCAGAAGGCCCAGCAGGAAUUCUCGCAGGGCGUCCUCACCAGUAAAACCUUCCAAACAGCCGCCAGUGGUGCAGCUUCCUCCGCUGCCCAGGGAGCCUUCCAGGGAAACAACUAAUGGUAGAUCGAGCUAAAAUAAGCUCCAUUUAACAGGUCAAGGUCUAUAUGUUAUCAGGUCUAGAUGAUUAACUAAACCAUCCCCAAAUCACUGAGGAAGUUUAGGUUCACUGAGAACUUGGCUGGCACCAAAGUUGCGGUGAUUCUUCCUGGAAGUUAUUGACACUCUGGGAACGGCUCCUGCCUUUUGGAGCCAGUGGCUGCAAAAUUAUGAUCUAACCUUAUGACGUAUAGACCUUGAGCUAGGUGAGGCUACAUUAUUAGCCUCCCUCCUCUCGCCCUCACCAUCAGUGCACAUGUAGUUCCCCGGGGUUAACUGUGCUUUUCACAAUCAGGCGCGUCUCCUGCAGAGUGACUUUGUCCAGCUCUGUUUGCGUGUAAAAAGCAGUCGUGGGGGAGAGUCACGCACGAGGUGCAUUUUGAGGUGGAAAGCAUGAAUGAAGUUGACUGAUUGCUAUUUCAUUGUGUCCUGGCUUUGUAUAUUUUGUGUUCACUUUUUGGCAAUGCUCUUCAGUGUAAUGUGUGACUGUGUGAGCGUGAGUGCCUGCGUGUGUGUGUGUGUGUGUGUGUGUGUGUGAGUGAGUGUGUGUGUACCUUCAUGUGGGGGCUGUAUGCUUGUGUAUUUCCACUCUGAUGGUGGCUCCAGAUCAUGUAAUAUAAAUAAGAUGAAGUGUUUCUGUUUGUCAUUGAUUGGCAUUUUUUUUUUUCCUGUCUUGAAAAGCAUUUCUCUCUAUGGUUGAACCCAGUUUGGAAAACCCUUUCGUUUUGUGUGCUGCAAAUUUCAAUCUAACGGGGAAGAAGACAGAUAAAUCAUAUUGUGAAUCGUAAUCUCUGAGGCCUUAGAUUUUUGGAUAUUACUCUUACUGCAACUACUAAUUUAAAUCUGGGGUCAUUUAUUAAAUAAAGAAAAAAACUAAGACUGGACUGGCAGCCUCCCCCACCUUCAGACUGUAAUACUGUGCUGUCAGCUUUUAAAACGUGCCUUUGACGUAUGUCUGGAACCAAAAUUUUGCUUUGCCUUUUUGUACAAAAAAAAAGCCACUGUGGUUAAACUGGUGGACGUGUUUUCUACCGAGUCUCACAUGACAGUUUCUACUUAAAGAUCACAUCAGAGUGUUACGCUUCACUUAAUUUCAUGCUUGUAAACAGCAAAUGUAAUUCUUUCUUUAUUCUAGAAUACAGAAAGAAUGUAAUUUUAUUUUACUUUAGGGCAAAUUUUCUUGCUAAAGCAAUAAACCGUUGUUGUUGUUUGUUUUUUUUUCUUUAUCAGUAUCACAUUAACGGGUUUCGAAGCGGCUUCAGCUACAUCUUUGAACACUGCCUUGCUCUGCAAGAGUUGUUUCCAAGGAAACCAAAGCAAUACUCACUAUAAAAAUGGAAAAUUUUGCCAGUAAAAUAAAUAGAUUUACAGCAAGUAGAUCAACACCAGUUCAUACAGUUUGCUUAAAUGGGCUCAGUCAAUCCAAUCUGAGACCUCCCUCUCUUCAUUUCACUAAUAACUGUAAAUGCAGGAGCAGGGCCAGUUCAUUUUUUCACGUAUUCGGGAUUUUUAAAUGCAGCAGCAGCAUAUUCAGACGGGGUGAAUCGUUUGAAGUGACGAGAGAAUAUCUCGGAGGUUUUUUCUCGGAAUUCACGGUGCUCGAAUGAGGUUUGAUGGCCACGGGUUUUAGAGGAGAAGCGGGACGCGAAUCCCAGAAUUACCCGAUGUGCGUCUGAUUUGUAGUUUCUAGCAGAGCAGUGUGAAUUUGCCGCAACGCUUACCUUCCCGAGAUCAGACCCAGUGUCUCGUCAUCGCCAGUGCACAGCUAAGGUUGUGCAUUUUCACUUUUUCUGACAGAUCAUUUCACUUCUCAAAAGAAUUUCAAUUCUCAAAACUCUCCCCUAACCCCCUGUAAGACUACCACCCAGCUCUAAAUUAUUUGUGUACUGAUGUAUAUUUUCUGUGUGACUUCUUAUAUGGGAAAACACGCAUAUGUGUGUUUUAUUUGAUGUACUGUUUUAAAACAUUUGCUCGGAUGUAACAUAUGUUGGCAUUCCUAAAGAACAAUUGCAAAACUCAGAUAAUCGGUGUGAUGUUCUUGCAGCAGAUAAAUCAAUUACCUAGUACAAGAUUUGUAUUAAUUCACAUAUCUCUGUAUGCAUUGUAUUAUGAAAACAGAAUUCAGUGCCUUCUGUAUUUCAAUAUUGAAUAUAGCAUCUAAUAAAAUGCUUUGCUUUCA